ACUUAAGGUCGUGGCAACUUCAACACCAAUGGUUUCGUCGCCAGCCGACUUAACACACGACUUACAGGUUGCUAAAAAGGCAAUGGAAUCACCUUGGGUCGAGAAAUACAGACCCAUCGAUUUAAACGAUAUCGUGGGUAAUGAAAAUACCAUCUGUCGUUUGUCCGUUUUUGCUCGAGACGGCAACUUACCGAACAUCAUAAUAGCUGGUCCUCCAGGUUGUGGAAAAACCACAAGUAUCUUAUGCUUGGCCCGCACUCUGCUAAAGAGUGCCUAUAAAGAAGCGGUCCUUGAGUUAAAUGCAUCGAACGAAAGGGGUAUCGAAGUAGUAAGGACUAAAAUCAAGAUGUUCGCUCAAAAAAAGGUCAGUCUUCCUGAAGGAAGGCAAAAAAUAAUCAUCCUCGAUGAAGCCGACAGCAUGACUGAAGGUGCUCAACAGGCACUUCGACGGAUCAUGGAGUUAUACUCUCGAACAACUCGUUUUGCAUUGGCUUGUAAUGAUUCUUCGAAGCUCAUCGAACCAAUACAAUCAAGAUGUGCUGUUUUACGUUAUGCUCGUUUAACAUCUGCACAAGUGAUGGCCAGAUUGCUAGAAGUUUCGCGUAUCGAAGGUGUUUCGUAUACAGAAGAAGGUUUGGAAGCCAUUGUGUUCACUGCAGACGGUGACAUGAGACAGGCUCUAAAUAAUCUCCAAUCAACUUAUGAAGGAUUUGGGAUGGUCAGUAGCGAUAAUGUCUUUAAAGUUUGUGAUGAACCCCACCCAAUGCUUAUUAAACAGUUGAUUGAUCAUUGUUCUAAGGGUGAAUUGUCAGCUGCUCACAAGAUCUUACGUCAUUUAUGGACUUUGGGAUAUUCAGCUGAAGAUAUUAUCACCAUCACUUUUCGAGUAAUAAAGAAUCAUCCAAUGGAAGAGUAUCUCAAAUUGGGAUUUAUAAAAGAGGUUGGCCUUACUCAUUUACGAAUUUCCGAAGGACUAGGUACAUACCUACAAUUAGCUGGUCUCCUUGCUCGCCUUUGUAAAAUAGUGUUACCAAAAUAAAAAUUUUGUUUUUAUUAAUAUACCAUUUCCGAAUGUUUAUUUUGUACAGCUAGUGACUACCUUGAUGUGCUUGUAUUAAACUCUUCUCACGUUUUAGAUUUUUAUUUUUGUAUUACGACAAUGUUAAACUAAAAUAUAUAAACAUAACAACCUGGCUAAGUUCAUUUUAUCGUCUAAUAAUUGUUGCUAAAAAUAAGAUAAAUAAAUGAUACCAAUCU